AUGGAGAAGGAAGAGAGGAGUGGUCCAGACAAGGAAGGUCGGAGGCCUCUGGACACUCCGGGUGCCCGGACGUGGGCAUCCCCGGGUGCUCGGUCCCUUAGCAGCCGGCCGCCCCCUCCCUGGACGCCUCGGGUGCUCGGCCUGGUUUGCCCCGGGUGCCCGGCCCCGCCGCUGGGCGCUGCAGCUGCCGCCCCGGGUGCCCGGCCAGCUGGCCCCGGGUGCCCGGCCCCUGCGCUGGGAGCUGCUGCCUCCGCGCGGGUGCCCGGGCUUGGCACCCCCGGGUGCCCGACCCCUCUCCAGUCGGCCCUCGGCCCAGUCCGGGUGCCCGGCCCUUGCAACCCCGGGUGCCCGGCCCCGCUUGCAGACCAGGAGGCCCAGGCGGGCAAGUUGAAGGAAGAGCUCGUCGUCAGCGGCGAGGAGGUCGAGGCCUUCAAGGCCGAGGUGCGGAAAACAUCCCUCACUCUAGAGGGGCUGCAGAAGCAGAUCUCGUCCAAGGGCCAGGAACUUUCCGUUUCCAAUGACGCGGUCCAGGACUUGAAGUCCAAACUUGCCGGCCUGGAGGAGAACCUCGAAUCCGCAAAGGAGCGGGAAAAGAUCUUGGCGGAGAAGCUAGCUGCUGAAGAAAUCCUCCGGUAG